CUACUACUCCUAACCAUGGUCAACGUCGUCUCCGUUUUCACUGUCGCGCUCGCUGCCGUGGCCGCCGUCGCGUCGGGAGCCUCCAUGCGCUCGGAGGCCGCCCCCAUGCCCACCGGGUCGUGGCCAGCCAGCAAGGGCACAGUCUACCUCAAGGAGCCGUACACGGUCAAGAAGGGCCAGACGUUCGACGGUGGCAUGAAGACGUACGCGCGCUCGAACGUCAAGUGCGGCGGCCAGAAGGAGAGCGGGUGGCAGACGGCCGUGUUCAUGGUGGAGCCCGGUGCCACGCUCAAGAACGUGAUCAUCGGCAAGGACCAAAUGGAGGGUGUGCACUGCGAGCAGAGCGGCUGCACGAUCCAGAACGUGUGGUGGGAGGACGUGUGCGAGGACGCGCUGAGCAUCAAGGGCGGCUCGGCCAGCAGCGUGACCAAGGUGAUCGGCGGUGGCGCGCGCUCGGCCGACGACAAGGUCAUCCAGCACAACGGCCUGGGCACGGUCUCCAUCGAGGGCUUCUACGCACAGGACUUCGGCAAGCUCUACCGCUCGUGUGGCACGUGCGGCGGCAAGUCUCGCAAGGUGAGCCUCACGAACGUGCUGGCCGUGAACGGCAAGGUGAGCCUCGUGACGGUCAACAAGAACUGGGGCGACCAGGCCACGCUCCAGAACAUCAAGAUCAAGGGCAAGAAGGUGGACGUGUGCCAGUGGUCGCAGGGCUCCACUUCGGGCGAGCCCAAGAAGCUGGGCGCCGGUCCGUCGGGCUCGCUCUGCAAGUACUCCACCAGCACCAUCUCCUACGCCUAAGUGUGUGAGCCUGCUCUACUCAACACGUCGGUUGCAAGGCAGUCAGGUAAAAAGAGACGGCAACCGCGUAUCCAGUAAGAGUACUCGCACCAGCAUGGUGAGUCAUUGUAUGUAGUUGAGUCGACGUAAGUUGUGUCGUCCAUGAGUCGGAAAUUUCGACUCGGAAUCAAUAGAAAGUUAGAUGUGUUUCAACCCA